CCUCACUUUACAAGGAUGAAGGAACUUUCCUUCUUGCUUACAAAAGGAAGAAAGAAAGAAAGCAAGACGCGCUUUCUCAAUAACUUCGAAGGACGCUAAUCGGAAUAAUACAUUGACUUUAAUCUCUCUGGAUAUCUCUUCUUCCUCACAGAGGUGUUCUGAUAAUUGGUUCAGCUGCUUCUGAUCUACAUAUUCACCAAUUAAUUAAUUCAGGAUGGAUCUGCUGGGACAAGCCAUAAUUUCGACAGCGGAUUAUAAUUUAAACUUUGAGGAAAAAAAGCAAGCUCUCAAAAGAAAGUUGGAACGACUAGAAAGCAUGGAAAUUGAUGUAAUUAAAGAACUAGAAGGUGCAGAGUCCAGGAGUAGCAAGAAACGGAAGAAUGAAGUUCAAAAUUGGCUGAAUAAUGUAGGAAGGCUGAAAAAUGACAUCGGAACCAUGGAACUAGAAGCAGGACCAGGUCUUCGGAGGAUACAGUUAGGAAAGCUUAUAGAGAAAAAGACGGAAAAUGUUGAAGAUCUUAUUGAUCAAAGAGUUAAGUUUCAAGGAGGGCUUCUACUUGAUGUGCAAGAGUGUAGGGGAGAUGCAUUGUUUGCCCCAGAACUAGUGGGUCAAGAAUUUCAAGAAAAUUUUGACAAGAUUCAGGAAUUUUUAAUGAUGGAUGAUGUCUCUGUCAUUGGCAUUUGGGGGAUGGGAGGAGUGGGUAAAACCACGCUGGUAGCACAUAUUCAUAACGUGCUUCUCCAAAGGCAGGAAAAUGUUUAUUGGGUUACUGUAUCGCAAGACCUUAGCAUUUAUAAAUUGCAGAAUUCUAUUGCCAAAACUAUUGGCUUUGAUCUUUCCAACGAAGAUGAUUUGAAGAAAAGAGCAGCAAAGUUGUCAAAAGCAUUGAGUGAGAAACAAGAAUUUGUUCUCAUUCUGGAUGAUUUAUGGAACUAUUUUCCUCUAAAGGAAGUGGGAAUACUUGCUCGAGAGAAAGGAUGCAAGUUGAUUCUUACAACUCGUAUGUUAGAUGUUUGUCGACAGAUGGAAUGCCAGGAAACAAUAAAAGUGAAGUCUCUGCCCGAAUUUGAAGCUUGGCAAUUGUUCCAGGAUAAGCUAGGAAAACCACUAUCCCUAGAUGUUAUGGAGAUUGCAAAAUCUAUUGCAAGCGAAUGUGCUGGUUUGCCUCUUGGAAUUAUAACAAUAGCUGCAAGCAUGAGGGGAGCGGAUGAUAUUUGUGAGUGGAGGAAUGCAUUAAGAAAAUUGCAAGAAUCAAAAGUUAGAGAAGGUGAAAUGGAAAAUGAGGUUUUCCAAGCAUUGAAAUUCAGUUAUAAUCGCUUGAAUAAUUCAUCAUUGCAACAAUGCUUCUUAUAUUGUGGAUUAUAUCCAGAAGAUCAUCCUAUAGCUAGGGACAAUGUAAUAGAGUAUUUGAUUGAUGAAGGAGUAAUAAGAGGAGAAAGCAGGCAAGCAAAAUUGGAUGAGGGCCAUACCAUGCUCAACAGACUUGUAAGGGUUUGCUUAUUGGAAGAAGAUUCAUAUUUUGUGAAGAUGCAUGACUUGGUUAGGGAUAUGGCCAUCCAAAUAAUGGAAAUCGAUCCACGAGUAGUUGUUAAAGCGGGUAAAGAGUUAGCUGAAAUGCCGGAUUUGAGGAAUUGGUCAAAGAAUCUUGUGAGAAUUUCUCUAAUGUGCAAUCGCAUACCGGAAAUUUCUUUUGGUUAUUCACCUGCUUUUCCCAACCUUUCAACACUGUUGUUGUGUGAAAAUUUCAGGUUAAGAUUUAUUGAAUAUUCUUUCUUCGAGCAAUUGCAUGGGCUCAAGGUGCUUGAUCUUUCACAAACAGGUAUUGAAGAAUUGCCGGGUUCCAUCUCAUAUUUGGUGAAUCUAAGUGCAUUAUUGCUCAGAGAAUGUCUGGGGCUACGUUGCUUACCAUCAUUAGCCCAACUUAGUGCAUUGAAGAAGUUGGAUCUCUAUGACUCCAGAGUUGAAAAAUUGCCUGAAGGAAUAGAAUGGCUGUCCAAUCUCAGUUAUUUGGAUCUGGGUUUUACAUAUCUGGAGUUAACGCCAGGGAUACUACCAAAAUUGUCCCAUAUGCAAUUCCUUGCGCUGCCAUUAAUCACAGUUAAAGAAGAGGAGGUAGCAUCUUUGAGGAAGUUGGAAACUUUGAAAUGCAUUUUCUACGAUGUGGGUGAGUUCAACAAAUACCGGACUUCAACAAGUGCGCCCAAUCUAAGCUCAUACCAGAUUAUUGUUGGACAGGUCAGGGAAAGAGUUUUACGUUUUAUCACAACAGAUUUGAAAACAUAUGUGAAAACUGUAACUUUUUGCGAGUGCGGUGUCAGCGAUGGAGAAGAUGCCCCGCAUAUCCCAAAAGAUGUCCAAUAUCUGCGCUUUAUACGUUGCGACGUCCAAAGAAUCAUCUCAUGCUUGAAGAUUGUAACUGAGCUCAAGCGCCUAAAAAUUGACGAUUGUGACGGGACAGAAUGUUGCGACAUCCAAAGAUUCAUCUCCCGCUCCAUACCAUUGUCAACACCUCAAAAUACCUUUUCCCUUCUUCAAGCACUUGAAAUACAUUUUUGCCGAGGAAUAAAAAAGUUGUUCCCUCCAGUCGUGCUGGCAAACCUUCAAAACCUGGAAGCUAUUUCUGUUGACUUUUGUGAAAAUAUGGAGGAGCUGAUAGCAAUGGAUGAAGAACAAGAAACCCAUGAUAGCAAUGGUGGCAAUAUUGCUCAAUUAAUUCUCCCAAAAUUACAGCAUUUUGAUUUGAGACACUUACCACAAAUGAAGAGCAUUUAUGGUGGAAAAUUGGUUUGCAACUCCCUCAAAGUAAUUUUGGUGGUCGAGUGUCCAAAGCUAAAGCAGAUGCCGCUCUCUCUGAUCACGCUGGUCAAUGGCCAACCGAUUCCUCUCCCUUCUCUUCAAAUAGUAGAGUUAUACCCGGAGGAAUUGUGGGAGUCCAUUGAGUUUGAACGUCCUGACGCCAAGAACAUCCUGCGCAGCAUACAGCGUCCAGUGCACUGGAGGGGAGUUUGGAAACUGCAACUUGAGGUUCAGAGGCGACUCCAUGAACAGCUUGAGAUCGCAUACUCAUCCCACGACUCGAGGAUACCGUGUAGUAGGGGAGUUUUGGAACUGCAACUUGAGAUUCAGAGGCGACUCCAUGAACAGCUUGAGAGAAUAAGAAAGAUGUGGGAUGAGAAGUCCAAGGCUUCUUCCUCUUCCAUGGAUGACCCUUCACCCCACAGUCAAAUGCAAAAUUAAAUGGAAGUCUCAGAGCCGGAACAUGCCAAAAUUGUGGUUGGUAGAAGCGAUGGUUGUGUUACACUGGAAGAAAGCUCCCAGAGUGUAAGCAGAAAGCACAAGGCUCUAGAAAACAGAACUGACAAGAAUCUUGAGCCAAAAGAUGAUGAAUCUAGUCCAGCAUCAACAAAGCGACCAAGAGCAGAUGAAACUGCAUUACAAUCAACCCUCUGCAUUUAAUUGAUCAUUUAUAAAAAUGACAUUUUACUUAUCCUGGAUGUGUCAUUUGUUAAGCCUGGAAAUGGAUAAUCAUUGAUGGAAACAAGGAAAUUUUGGAACUCAA